UUAGUGCUGUGUUUUUUCUAGCCGUUUUUGCGAACAGUUAACUAUUAUUUCGUGAUUUCGUGAAAAACUGGUUAUACUCAUCGUGUACCAUGCCUGCAGACGACAUACAUGAGCCGGAGACUCCGGCAACUCAACGGCUUACGAAUGAUGAUUUUCGUAAGCUGCUGAUGACUCCGAGAGCACCGAGUGGAUCCGGUCAUUCCGCUGGAUCUGUGCGUGAUGCUAUGGCAAAAUCAUCGACCACCGCUGCGUCCUCUUCUAUAAUGAAACCGCCGUCCACAGAGCGGCAUGAAGCACGUCGGAAGAAGAAAAAUUUUUAUGCGCAGCUUAAAAAGCAAGAGGACAACAAACUAGCAGAAUUGGCCGAAAAAUAUCGUGACCGGGCUAGAGAACGACGUGAUGGAGCUAAUCCGGAUUAUCAGAAUCUAGAUCCAUCAAACUCGACCAGUGGCUAUCGAGCUGUAGCACCGGAUAUUAAAUCUGGACUAGAUGCAGCCGAACGUCGUCGCCAACAGAUUCAGGAAUCCAAGUUUUUGGGUGGUGAUAUGGAACAUACGCAUUUGGUAAAGGGGCUCGAUUAUGCCUUGCUGCAAAAGGUUCGAAGUGAAAUUGUUGCUAAGGAGCAGGAACUGGAUGAAGAAAUCGAAAAACUAGCGGAUAUACCGGCAGAGGCACCGGUAAAGCCACAGGUUAACGAGAGAGAAGUGCAGAAGAGCGACGAAAUCGAAUUUCGGACCGCCAUGGGAAAGAAUGUUUACCGGAUUUUGGAAAUUCAGAGAUCACGUCAUGUCGAACGCAACGAAAUGUUCGCACCGGGUCGCAUGGCCUAUCACAUUGAGUUGGAGGAUGAGAAUGCAGAAACGGACAUUCCGACUACGGUAAUUCGUUCGAAGGCCGAAGUUCCUCUGGUGGCGGGCGACACUCAAACAUUGACAACCAACGACAUAGUGAUCAAUAAGCUAGCGCAAAUUUUGUCCUAUUUGCGCCAGGGUGGCCGUGGAAAGAAGAAUAAGCGAAGGGACAAAGACAAGCCAUUGUUCAAGCUACCUGAUGAUAAGCAUAUGGAUGAUUCGAUUUAUGGAGAUAUUGGCGAAUACAAACCAACGCGUCGUUAUGACCAAGGAGCCUCUUCUUCGAAAGCUGAUGAUAGUCAAGAAAAACACAGAUAUUUCGACAAACCUAGCGAGCAGGAAGAGCGCGAAGCUGCCUCUAUGCAAAUUCCUGUACCACCGAAAAUAUCUGCGCAUCUUAUCACAAAGCUGACAGCCGAACCGGAAGGCUAUGCCGAGUGUUAUCCUGGAUUGCAAGAGAUGAACGAUGCUAUCGAUGACUCGGAUGAUGAAGUUGACUAUACCAAAAUGGAUCUGGGUAACAAGAAGGGACCCAUUGGACGGUGGGAUUUCGACACUCAAGAAGAAUAUUCAGAUUACAUGAGUAGCAAGGAGGCUCUUCCAAAGGCGGCUUUUCAAUAUGGUGUGAAAAUGCAAGAUGGACGUAAGACACGUAAACACAAAACAGAAAAGAAUGAAAAAGCGGAACUUGAUCGGGAGUGGCAGCAGAUUCAGAAUAUUAUUCACAAGCGUAAGACAAAGGAUGGCGACGCUGGCGAGAGCGAUGCUAAAAAGUCCAAGCAGUAAAAUUAAUUGGCGUGAUGAUGAAUUUAUAGAAUUCGAGUGAAAUUCAAAUUAUUUCAAAUAUGCCAUAACCGUUACAUACCUUUGAAAUGUACCCUGUUCCAUAAAGCCGAUUAAAAGAAAGCAAAAUGGUAACAGUUAUAAAGUUUUUAUUGGAGAAUUCUGGUCGAACGGAUAAACGACAAAGUCUUUAGUUUUGUCACACUGAACUUCUGUAACAUUAUUAACAUCAUUCUAGUGAUCCUAAGACAGAUAUUUACCUAACAUACCUUGCCUUGCCCGUUCACUUUUAACCAAAGAUGGUUAUUACAGUUACAUUCAAGUGUCUACAUGCUUUGAAAUCUAUCAUACUCCGAAAUACAAAAGUGUAAAGUUACAGAAUAUAUUUAACCGGGGUAUCCGAUCCACCGUAUUAUAUGCUAACUAGGAUAAAACUAAAAAUAUUCAAAUUAUUAAGGC